AACUAAAACAUUCAAAUUUAGACUAAAUGUUGUUUAAGCUGCCUUAAAACUAAUGUUUUAACAGUGAUGUGUUUAAGUGACAGAGAAAAUAGGCGAUCAAUAAUAGAAUUACACUCAGGGUGAUUAGGAGCUUGUUUCCAGUCAUCUUGUUGUGAACACACACAUUUCACCACAAAGGUUAAUGGUCAAAGAACCAGUUAAAAAAAAAAUCCACUCGAUGAUAAAAUAAACGUGAUAAACAUAAAGAAUCCCACAGUAAAGACCAGGCGGAGUGUAGUGCUGACUUCCUCCUGUAGGUGUCGCUCUCUGUCAUCUUUUCUCAGAAGUGUGAAGGGGAUGUUUCUACACUCAUUGCAUCUGAUCAGCUACAACAAGCCCAUUUAUCAAAAAUACAUGAGCCUGAUGAAAUGCACACAGCAAUCUCAGGGACGGGGAAACUUUACUUCCACUCCCACACUUCUUUUCUGAUCAGAACCAAUUCAGGAUCCUUUAGGUUUGACCUAAGUUGCUCACCGGGUGUGAUGAUGAUGAUGGUGAUGAUGAUGAUGAUGCACCAGAGCAGGCUGCUGUUUGUCAGGUCAGCUCCAGGAUCAAACAGGUGUUAAAAGAAAAUUAACACACUGGCAUUUUUACAGCGAUCAUCACCACACCAUGGAAUUUUAUUUACAUUUUCAGGCAAGAAUGGCUUUUGCAAAUAUUUGAUUUUGACUACAACAUGCUUUAGAAAAAUGAAUCACUCAGAUAUUGCAAAAAAUAAUAAUAAUAAAUAAAAAAUAGGAUUAUAUACAUCAGAGCAAACCUAUGUGCCUUCAGGAAUGUUGCAUGGAGAUACCACUGCAAAUAAAAGUGUCACUCCAUUCUAUAAAGUCAUUUUAAACUCAAUAUGGAGCUCAUAAGUUCCUACAUGAAUCUAUAGGGGGGUUAUAGUGAUGUUUGGUAACAGCCACCCAUGCUGUAAGUCGUCAAACAGCAGACCGGUGCAGAUCAGGGCUGCAGCAGGGAGACAGGGGUGCAUGGCUGCAACAUGCCUGCGCCUUUCGACCGCAACCCAACCAGUCGUGCCAGCGUCCAGCUCCGCCAUAAUCAAACUUUUCUGUACAUUUUCACGUCACCUGGACGCGAAACAUAAAUUUGGCAUCCUAUGCAAAUAUAUGCUGACGUAAAAGAUCAUGUGGUUUUUGUCGUCGAUCCCCCCUAUGAGCAACGAGGAGGCUUUUUUUUCUCCUCUCUACUGUUGUCUUUAGGUUAGCUAUGCUACAAUCUUUACUGUACCCUGCGCUAGCUAUAUGCGCCCCGCACCGCACCACUCUGGAUAUCUGGGAAUAAUCAACUUCCAGCUUGUCGCACCCUGCAACCGGAGACUACACACAGAUCCCACAGGAGAUUACCCAGAGUGCCGCUGGCCAGAGGACCGUCCAGAGAGGAGAGAAAACAGAGGGAGAGAUAACGCGAGAGAUCGAGGAGGACGAACACUGAUUGGAGGAGGAGGUGGAGCCUUAGUAAGAGCCCCUCCCCCUCCAGUGAAGCCCCUCCCAUCUGAGGACGUGCACUUGAGCACCGCUGCUGUCUGUGAUGCCCUCCCAUGACGCCCAGGUCAGCAGCUGACACUGCCAGUGAGCGGGAGACGCCACUGCACAACCGGUCCUGGGCCGGCACCAUCCGCCGGUUCUUGCCCUCCCUCUCUCACGCUGGAGACUCCACCUCCUCUCACCUACCAGUAUCCACAACCAUCAGCUCCGAUCCACCCCAGUAAGACCCCCUCGAAAACCGACACGCUGACGUCCUUGGCGAGCACCAGCAGCAGCAGCAGCAGCCAAAAACCACAGUAUCUUCAGCGCAAUCAGCAGCACCAGCACCACCAUUAUCACCACCACCAGCAGCAGCUGUCAUGUCCAGUCGUAGAAAGUCCUCCACCCCCUGCAUGGUUCGGGUCAUCAAUGACCUGCCUGAGGAGCAAGAUGACCCGGAGGAGGUGAUGGACACGGAAGUACUGGCGGACAACAAUAUGACAGAAAAAGAAUCAUCUGAAUCUGCAGAAAAGAGUCAAGUCACCCAGCAGGAGAAGCCAGAGAAUCCAGACCAGCAGACAUUUCCAAAACCAGUGGAAAACCAAAAUCCUGAGCCAUUAGAACAAGAGGAGCAGUCGGGUAAAGAAGACCCCCCCUCUGUCAUUGAAGAUGUAGAAGCUAGAGAAGAGAAGGGCAGGGGAGGGGCAGAAUCUGACCUAGGGUCCCAGAAAAAGCAGCCCAGAGGUUACGAGUGCAAAUACUGCCCAUUUUCAACGCAGAACCUGAAUGACUUCAAAGAGCACGUGGACUCGAGCCACCCAAACGUCAUUCUCAAUCCGUUGUACCUCUGCGCCGUCUGCAACUUCAACACCAAGAAGUUUGACUCGCUCACAGAGCACAACGAGAGCCAGCACCCAGGCGAGACAAACUUCAAGUUUAAGAGGAUAAAAAUGAACGGUCAGACUAUCUUAGAGCAGACAAUCGAAGGCAAGGACAAUUCAGUUGAAUGUGAAGUGACAAGUGAACAGGGUGAAAGCAGCAGCAGUUCUGUGUUUCCACCGUGCAUAUCCACCACAGUGAAAACCCCAGACAACGUCCAGUCGCUCUAUCAGGGGAGUGCACUGAAAAGCCAGCUGGAUGGCCUGAUGCAGAAGGAUCAGAUCACAGCAGUAAACAUCAACGGAACAGUCAUCAUCCCUGAACCCACCAUCCUUCAAGGGCUCUCCCAUGUCACCCCAAUGCUCCAGCGCCCGCCCAACUUUAACUGUGUACCAAAAAUAGCUGUUCCCUUGAACACCACCAAAUAUAAUCCUUCUUUAGAUGACAACCUGACGUUGAUCACCUCCUUCAACAAGUUUCCAUACCCAACACAUGCUGAGCUGUCGUGGCUCACGGCUGCCUCCAAGCACCCAGAGGAACAGAUCAAAGUCUGGUUCACCACCCAGCGGUUAAAGCAAGGCAUCACCUGGUCCCCAGAGGAGGUGGAGGAAGCCAGGAAGAAGAUGUUCAAUGGCUCCAUCCCUCCUGCCCAUCACAUGUUCACCGUCCUGCCUACAAGUCCCAUCUCUCAGCCGUCUGCCAAAGCUUCCCAGCAGCCCGUUGUCCACACCACAGUCGAGCAUCCAGGUUAUGUCCGGACAACCACGUCCAAUGGGUUAAGUACAGUCCCUACCACAAACUCUCCUGCUGGAGUCGCCAUUGGCUCCGGCCACACCCUCAAACGACCCCUCCCAGCACACCUGACGACAGUGUUCGGCCCGGAGUCCAAACGACCCGUCAUGGCGGUUGCCCCGCAUUCUGGUGACCCUAAAGACAAGGGCCUCAUGGCUCCUCCGCCGCCCCCUCCACCCCAGAAAGACCGCCUCCCAAUGGCUCCACCUCCUGUUCCCAUGGAGAUGAAGAGACCUGUAGCAGUUCCUCUGGUAACCACAGAGAUGAAGAGGUCAUCCACUGCUGUGCCUUUAAUGCCACCACCAUCAUCGUCAUCAUCACCGUCUUUGUUGUCCAAAGGGAAGAUUCUCUCAACAUUAGGGAGUCCCAAAAUGAAGCCGGUGGUGUCGCUGCCCUCCAUAGUCUUUCCAGAGUCCUUAACAAGGCCAAUGAUCGCUCCCCCACCUAUCUUUGCCCCUCCAUUUAAAAACUCAUUGCUUAUUCCUCGUGCUCCGCCCACCACUUCCAAAGAAAAGCACCCCAGUACCCACACUUUGCCAGCUGCUGAUCUGAAGCUGCCAAACUCCCCUCCACUCAUUACCCCACAGAUAAGGAGGCCGACCAUUAUUCAGUCCAUUCGUGCUCCGGCUAAAGCCUCACCCCAGAUUCCAGGUUUCCCUUUGGAUGGCAAGAAACUAAAAGAGCAGCAGGGAUUGGAGCUGAAAGCCAGCUAUCCCAGAGGAGACAAGGUACUCACUCCUAUGGCAGAGGCCAAUGGGACGUCUCGCGCAGACGGCAAAUGGCCCCACAAUCAGACCUCCCCUGCUCACAACAAUGGAGUUAUGCAUCUGGAUGUCGGUGAGCCGCCGGCAGCACAGAAACCAGAUUUUCAGCAGAAGUCCUCAGUGCUGACACAGUUCCCCUUGCUGGAGAGGAUGAAGGGAAAGACGGCGGAACAGUUAAAGAUCCUAGAGGAGAACUUCUUGAGGAACAGCUUCCCCACACACAGCGAUGUGGACAAUCUGUCGGCCACCACCCGCCUGUCUCACCAGGAAAUCGACAGCUGGUUCGUGGAGCGCCGUGCACUACGCGACAACCUGGAACAAGCGCUUCUCAACUCCAUGGGCACUAAGAGGGUUGGCGUGGGUGGCAUCGCAGCCCUUACUGAGAAACGACUACAUCAGCAGCAACAGCAACACCAAACUCUACAGCUGAAUGGGAUUCACAAACCAAGCACCGGCGUGGGCCAUCUUAAGAGCCCUCCUCCAUCCACACACACUCUGCCCAUCAUUGCUCCAGGCUCCAUUGCCCCCUCCGUCCCAAACCCGAAUUCCUGCUCAGUGCCUCCAGACAGCCGAUCCCUGGCACUCCUCAAGGACGAUUUUGCUCAAACACGGUGGCCUUCCCCUGAGGAGUUUAGCCAGCUGGAGGGUCGGACAGGACUGGUUCGUGCCGACUUUGCCCGCUGGUUCAACGACAGCCGGCUGCAGAGCGGCAGCAUGGAGCUGACAGAACUUUUUCACAAUAAUGGAGUAAAUGGAGGGCAGGGCCAGCCUAUGUGCUCACCCGAUAACGCUCCCUCCAGCAUAAUCCAGCGCUGUCAGGAAGGAGCUGUAACAAACAACAACAACAACAACAACAGUAAGGUGCUCGAGGUAGAGUUGGGCUGGCUGAUGGAGCAGCGCACCAACAGCCUCAGCAGUCAACAGCAUGACAAUCUCCAUGACCGGUUCGCUGGCAGACUGAGGCAGCAGAACGUGGCGGAGUUGAAGAACGGGGGGCAGAACGGGGGAGUCGUGGGAGGAGCGCGGGAGGUGUUCGGGAGCUGGCUGGAGGACGGGCGCUCGAGGAGAGGACGGGAGCUACUCCUGGACAGAGAGAGGAAGAUGGCAGAGGACACGUCUGGGAGGCUGACUGGAUAAAUGGUUGCGAAAAGGAUUUGCCGCCAUCGCCGCCACCGCCACUGCUGCUGGAAACAUACAGAAGGAAAGAAAAACGAAGAACGGAGCAACAAAUUUUUCUUUUUAAUUAUCAGAUAUUGUAUUUUUUUUUCCUUAUUUUUAUUUUUUACUGAUUUUUUAAUCUUUUGAUUGUCGCAUUGCAGAUCACGCACAACAUCCUCCUCUGUCAUGUUGGAGGUAAUCUCGUCAGUGUUCUCGACCUGAAGUAACCCCUCCACAGAUGUGACGUUCACAACAAAAAGAUGAGUUGAAGUAAUACGGGGGGAGGGGCUCUGGGAUGGCAGAUUUUAUUUUGGCGAGGCAUAAACACGCUCCCCAGUUUGAAAUCUGAAGAGUGCAAGGAGAAAUUCAGGGUCACGGUCUGUGAAGAUAAUUGAAAUUGCCCUCCCUUACAGUGAAUCUCAAAUCGCUGCUUUUUUUCAUUUUUUCACAGUGAUGUGAGUUUUACAAUAGUAUUACAAUACAGUACAAAACAGGGGCAAAUCUUCAGCCUGUAUGUGCAGAGACAAGGUUCAGCGCACAAACACCACCACAGAUACAUCUUAUGGGCGAGGAGACGAUUUCCAAAAUGCUGCAAACAAUCACAAUGAGCGAUCAAAGGUGUGAUGGGGUUCUUGACACACUGAGGCUUCCUUAUUAGGUGGAAUUUGCCUUUCUCCAGGAGGACAUGGUUCUUAAAACCCCAGAGAUUCCUUUAAAGAGGUGGAUUGGUUUAUAAUCAGUAGUCCUGGUCCCUGUAAUCCCUGGUUUUAAGUACAAACAGCCUGUUUUAUUACAGCUGCUUUUGGAGGCCUGGAAACCAAAGUUGGUGAAGCUGAAUAAAAACAUGUCACCAGUGUAAAUAACAGAUGCACAAUAGACAAAAAUAAGGAAAUACUGGCCCUUUAACAUCAACCCCUCACUUUAAUCUAGUGUAUGAUAAAUGGGACUGGUUCUUGAACAUCUCCUCAGUUUUAUGUUACAUACAGUACAAUGUGUACUAGUGUCCACAGUGCACUGUUUUGGCUCGGAGUUUAAAGGGUACGACUGUGCUCAUAUAACACUGUCAAAAUUGUGAUAAACAGUUUAUAAAAAGAAAAAAAAGGAUCAAAAUCGAUGCAGUGGAACCAGAGAUUUUGUCUUUUUUUUAUUCCACACAUUCGUCUUCUUUGUCACAACAUGAUGCCUACAUCACCCACAAUGCAAUUCAACCAGACAUUUAUCAGACUUCACACCGCACCCUUUGGACACCCUAAAGGCUUUUUGCUGAUGCAGUUGUGCUCGCCAACACCUGGAAACACUGUGAUGCGUUCACCUUUAACAGACAAAUGAGAAUCAAACUGCAAAAUUCAAAUCAGGUUCAUUGUGGACUUUGUAGAGACUGAGCUUUCAGUAUUACGGCAUGGUCUUCUUCAGUGGAGUUGACUUGUAAAGGUCCAUUUUUUAUACUUUUCCUGUGUUUUAUUUGAAGUGUUGAUCCAUAAGAAGAUAUAGUUAUGGUUUUAAGAACCAAAAAACAUCUCAAUGUAGUUUUACAUUUCCUCUCUCAGGCUUCUCUCUGGAGCUCUAGGAACAACAGGUUACUAUAGUCAGCCAAUCCUAGCCUGUCUUCUGAUUGGCUCACUGGUUUCUGAGUGAUCCAAUAAAAAUAUAGCAGAUUUCAGGUAAACACUCAGAGAAACUAAAUCCUGCAAGGUUGGAUGGUGGGUCCAGGUGGGCGGGGCUUGGGACAUGGCUGACAGCAGUGACUGCUUUGUUGUGACAUCACAAAGUUACAGAAGUCCUGACGACUCGUUUUAAGGCUCAGUUUCUGAAUACAGGCUGUGUGCAUUUCUCUGAGCACUUUGAUACUUUCACAGUAUUAAUAUAGAACCUAGACCUGCUUUAUAAUCAAAGAAGACAUGGAAAUCUAUCUUUAUACAAUAUGGGACCUUUAAAAGUUUCCAUCUGAGCCAAAAUACUCCUUAAACAGUGAAAUCAUCACAGCUACCAAUUUCACAUGUAAACAGAGCCAACUCAAUCUGCAGAUGAAGACCAUUUGAUUCAGCUGAAAUCUCAGGAAAAAGCGGAUCUUGUGUCUUAUAAUUCUUCUUUUUCUGUCAAAAUCCAAUUUCAAAAGCUGGAGAACUGAUGGCAAAAUCGUCUUUUCAAGGAUAUACUUUAUAACCCUCUGACUUUUCAUCACAGGAUUUUCACGAGCUCCCGUGUGUCUGUUCUGUGUUGCAUUGUGUGGCGAUGGCGUCCUUGAACACCAGAGUCAAAACUACAAAACUGGCUUUUUAAAUUUAUUUCAUUUUGAUAUUUUACUACAUUUAUUUUUUACAUUUAUUCAUUUUUGAAAGAAUUGGUAAAGAAAAGAGAGUGUAAUAUGAAACUGGGACACAGUGUUGAUUAGAAACCAGUAGUAUUACAACAUGUGUUAAUGGUCAAUGCAGUUUGUUUCCUGAUGAACUAAACCUUCCCUUUAAGAGGUUUUCUAAUACCGGUCGGACAAAUUUAUUAACUCAACAAAGCUCCCUUCAAGCCAAGGCUUUGUUAAACUUAUCAUCAAGAGCUGGAGGCUUGUUUAUGAUCAGUGUGACUGGUUUGUUAACAUCCUGUUGUGUUUCACUUUCCUCUGUGGAGGCUUUAAGAUUCAAAGCGUCAGUCGCACAAAAAGAGGGAACACUUGGCACAAAAUUAUAGACAUUACCUUUCAUGUCCUUGACCUUUCCUGCAAACGUCUGCUAGCCUGGUAGUUGACCGUGUGACACCAAUUGACUUAGAGCGUUGAAAACAAGAACUUUAUCUUGUUAGUGGGCAGUGGGGGUGGUUCCUCAUCCUGAAUGUUAACAUCAGUUUGUCUUAAGUUAAAUCAUCCCUUUACUUAGAGGUGCUUUGUUAAUGAACAGAUCAGUGAGAUUGGCUUGUUUAUAGCCUAGACUUUCCCUUUAAGAGGAUUUGAUUUGUAAGUUGAAGUCAAGAGAAAUAUUUCUUUUUAAGUUCUUAACAUUUUAAAAGCCUCACAUUCCCUUUAACAGGGAGUUUAAACUUCAUUUAACACCCCUUGAAAAUCUGUUUUGUGCUGGUUUAACUGCACACCUUGCUGUAGUGAUACUCAGGUGAACUCAAGGACGCUGUGACGUCACUUUUGGGUGUGGUUACAGGUGCAGUCGAGCUCAUUACUGAACACCCAUCUUUGUUGCUGGCACUGGUCUGAAGUGAAACAGUCAAGUGCCAAAAGAUUCUGUUAAUGAUCCUUUUUUUUUUUUAAUUCCUACUCAGCCCCUUUAAGAGUAGGCUUGAUUAUCCACCUAUUUUUAGGAGCAUUUUCAAUUUGCGAAUAAAAAACCUGAUGGAAAGCCGAACAUUUUUUAAAAAGUUGAAAAAUCACAAAAAGGCUUGAACCUUCCCCACAUUAACACAUGAAUCAAACAGAAAUGUCAAAUUUCACAUGGUUUUCCAUCGUUUCAGCUUUGACUGGAUCUUUUAAUGACCUCAUUUUGGUUUAAUGGCACAGACUGGAGAAUUGGCGCCAAUUUUCUGGAAAUCUGGUUAAAAUUUGCACCAAAUUUGAAUUGAAACUUGACGUUAGGGUCCUGAACUACUGUUUAAAGGAGAGGUUUGAUUUGUAUAUGGAAGUCUUGAUAACAUCCUGUUAAGGAUUUGGUUGUGUAAAAAGAUUUGUAUCUCUCUAAAAACCUUCCCCUCUGAAGGAAACUCGGUUUGGUUUUGAACCUUAACGACCUGUGUUUCCUAACUAAACUUCCCCUUUAAGAGGGACCUUGGUUCAUUACCAGCACUUUACUUUAAGGCCUUGAAACCCCUCAGUCAGUCUGGAGGAAACAGCAGCAUCCGUCUCGUGAGAGGGGGAUUAGCAGGUUGUGAACUCGGACUCGACGGAUGGAUGGACGGACAUCUGUGGCUGAGGUGAUGUUGUGCGUGACCUGUGUUGCCGUGGAGAUGCGAGGAUGAGGAUGAGUAGGAGGAGGAGGAGGGUGAACCGGAGCACUGAAUGUGUGCCUGCAGCAGCAGUCUGACUGUACACACCGACUGACCGACAGGGUGGAUUUAAAACAAACAACAAACAAGAAAAAAAACACAAAAAAAAAACAACAACAAACACAAACGCCGAGUGCCAAAGCUGGGAUCUGCUGCAUUCUCACUACACUUUAAAAAAAAAAAAGGGUUCUUCUUCUUCUUCUUGUAAAUAGGAUAUAUAUGUUUGUUUGUUUGUCUCUUUUGUUUUUCCUGUAUUGCUACAGAUUUGUAAAAUUUUGCGGGAAAAAUUUUGUUACAUUUUGUAAAAUGGGAGCAACUCGUCCCCCCGAAACCCUCCUUAUUUUUUGUUUUUUUUGUUUGUUUUUUUUUCUUUUUAAACCCCUCUCACUCGAUUUCUCUCUGCUCUGCUCUGUUUUUUUUUUUUUUUUUUUUUUUUUUUGAUGGACUUUUAAAAAAACGGUGCCAGCAGUGGUAUGCGUGCAUGCAUGCAAGGUUUUUUUUUUCCUCUUUCUUUCUUUCUUCCUCCAUCUCUUUUCUCUUUUUGUACUGAACCAGAGUGGAACCACUACAAAAAAAAAAAAAAAAAAAAAAAAGACAGACCAGUUGGCAAUACUUCAGUCACUUCUUCUUCAUCUCACCGGCACUGGACUUCCGCCCGCCACUUCCCCGCUGAGAGGAGAGGAGAGGUGGGAGGAGGAGGAGGAGGAGAGGGAGGGGAAGGAGUGAGGAAGAGGGGGGACUUCGCUUCACAUCAAAUCAGAUUUAAAAAAAACAAAAAACAAAAUACAAAAAAAGCACCUUUGGACCUUUUUUUCUUUUUUUACUGUGCUGAAGUGAAGUCAAGUGCUAUUAUUAUAUUAUUAUAUUAUUAUUAUUAUUAUUGUAGCCACUCUGUCUGGAACCCUUUUUUGAAGAAAAGCAAAGGAAAAACAACACAGAAAAAAAAAAAAAGAAACUGAAGCCAAUCUGCACUUCUUGUUCCGACGAACAUGCUUGUAUGACCAAGUGACUGUCGUGAAUCUUUGUUUAAAACCGAUAAGGAACAAACAACAACAACAACAUGAAAAAAAACAACAACAAAAAAAAAGCAGUUGAGAAACUCAAAUCAAAAUGGUGGCAAACGCAGAAGGAUUCAAUGGUAACGAUCUCACAACACACUCUUGACAGUAAAAACCCACAAUCCAGAAUCAUGCUGCCUAAUUCAUACUUUAAUCUCUCUCUUUUUCUCCCUGUUUCUCUUCCUUGCUCUAUCACUUCUUACUUUUCAUCCUGUCUUUGUCUGUCUCUCUCUCUCAUCUUCCCUUUUUAUUCUCUGUUUCCCUUCUUGGUUGAUUGUUUUUUUUCUCUCUCUCUCUCUCUCUCUCUCUGUCUUUCUGUUUGUCGUCCUGCACACCAUCAUACAAACCUGUAAUAAACAAAAACAAACAUAAAAAGAUAAAUAGCCUUUUAUUCAAUACAUAACUACAUGUUGGCUUGGUAGGCUUAGUUGAAACUAGUUCCAUUCCGACAAAAAAGAAUAAUAGUAAAAACAAAAUAUGAGCUUCUUUAUGUAUUGGUUCUGCCGCUGUAGUGUCCUGGUCAGAUUUAAAGAUGAUAAGACUACAUAUAUCUGAAAUACUGUAUUUACAAAUGCAUUACCAGGGCUGGCCUCAACAAACAACACAACAACAGGGGGAGGGUUUUCAACUCCGUCCACUGGGCGACCGAUUGGUAGCAGCCGGAUGGUUUUCCCGUAGGAAGCCCCGGCUGUCGGUAUGAGUCGAAUGAAAUGCUUCGCUUAAAGUCUUCAUAGUUUUUUAAUCUCAUAGCGUUCGGCAUCACUGAAGCUCUCCGUCACGCUGCUACACGCCCCUUCCGCAAAAAAAAAAAAAAAGAAAAGAAAAAAAAAACAAUCAAAAAAAAAAGAAAAAAAAAACCUGAAAAGAAAGCAGCGCUGCACAGAGAGGCUCCUGGUGGACGCUCAGCCUUAGAAAGCUUCCAAGAGACUUUUAUUUUUGCAAGUGUAUAGUUUUAAUUGAAUAUUUUUCUGAUGAAUGAUUGAAUGUAUUUGCUUUGGGGAGAUAAGUAAAUGUUGUGGGUUUACUGUCUGAAUGUCAGAGGAGGAAAGAGUCGGGCACACUAGUAUCAGAAUGGGAAAGAGUCCAACAGAAAACACCUGUCAGAGUUUUCAUUAUUAUUAUUAUAUAAAUAUUGAACCAGCUGCUCAUGGCCGCAGAACAAAAAGCUGUAAGUUUUUCUUUUAUAUGAGAAGAAAUUUUAAAGUUGCUAGACAGCCGGAGAAACGAGGUUAGAUCUCACGUAGCCCGACACAGUGGCUCCUCAUCACUGUCUUGAGCCCCUUACCUCAAAACCAGUAACAUUUUUCGAAGAUGGAUUGUCUUUGUGAAAGGUUCGCUCACACCAGCAUUUUCAAUGCCAAAAAAAAAAGGUCAUUUCAAUUAAAUCACCACAAAAAGUUCAUGAGCGCGAAGUAACACCUCGCUAAUCUUUCAUGUGGAGUUCGACUUUGACACGUGAAUUUGCUCUGUUGACCCUCAGAGUCGCAGUUUUUGAAUUAACUUGUUGGAUUUGUUCGAAUUAAAACCCUUCUGAUUUAUUCACACUACACCAAAACUAAAUCUAGAGUACAGCUAGUGUGCACGAGUCCUUCCUUUGUUUCAUUUAAACUUGCUCUGUUUUCUCAUGUUGAGAUUUUAUCUGUUCCGUGCACCUGGUUUUCCCCGCCAAAAAAAAGCUUUCGUGUAUUAGGUCAUGUUUCAAAGACCGAUGAGAACUGUGCGACAGCAUUGAGGCUGGACCGCUGUCUUUACCCUGACGUUUACUCUGAUUGGGCGAUUGAUUAAUUCCUGCUCCAAGACAACACAAGGACAGGAAAUGUAUCUUUACAGUUGAAGUUUAACGUGUUACAUCAGUUACUUGUCUUGAUUUAUCACAGACCUAAAAUCUUUGUCCACACGACUGUAUUUCUGACUGACCUACAGACUCUUCUACUGAAGUUUGAUGUCUGCACUUUCAGCUGUUUUAAUUUCUCUUACAGUUAAAGCAAAAAAUAUAAACCACAACAAGGUUUUAUGGGCAAUACUAACUCCCAAAGAUUCACAUUAACCAUAUUACAUCCUUGACUUAUUCCUAACUGUGACUGCAGGAGGUCAUUUGUGCUACAAACUGCAGCACCGUGUGGACAAACUUCCGUUUUAAAGAACAUCGCUUGUGUGAUUCUUCCUUGUCAGGUAAACUUCAGGGGUCUUUAUCCGUCCUCAGUCUCCGCUGUCGUCAGGGUUUUAAGUGCGCUUUGGCAAAAAUGUAGAAAUACCUGUUGUCACGGGUGAAAGCUCUGAUUACGUUUUGUAUUUCAAAACCUAUUCAAAGUCACUUUAGUAGCCUGAAAAGGAGUUUUAAGAUUCAGACAAUCAAGACAUAACUUAUGCAAAACUAUUCCCUCACCAGAGAGAAGAUUCAGAUGUGAGUCUUUCUGUUAAGGUUGAUUUUUUCCCCCCCAAAAAAGUGUGAUGCUGGAUUUAAACACAAAUGAUGCAAAUCAACAUGCUGUAGGUACUGACAGGGUUCUCGCAAACUGCACUUUUAAAUCAAACUAUCUCAGUUCAUUUGUGGACAGAGGUAAAUCAGUGGGGAUAGCUGGAGUUGAUAUUAAGCUAAAUUAUAAUCGUCGUAGACAAAUAUCCCAAUGACACUGUAGGAAAAUCCUCCGUUCGACAGCUCCGACUUGUUAAAUCACAUUAGUAGAUCAAACUUGACGUUGCUAUGUCCGUGUAGGAGGACGGUUUAAGGUUUUUUAAGUCUUGGGGAAACCAGGUGCACUGAAAUCUCUUUUUAAGGGGAGUUGAGGCCAGCCCUGCUUCAUAACUGAGGUUCUGCUUCUUCUACUACUGCUACUAUCAAACAACCAACCCUGGGCACAAAAACAGGCCUGAAUACUGUUUCAGAUCCUCCCUCCAGUUCUCGAGGUGUAUUUGAUUUUUAACUUUGUAUACCAGCACUUUUGAAAGUCCAAGUCAGAGCCCAAAGCGGGACACGGGAUUGUUUUCGUUCAGUCUCCAACAUGACAGAGACACUUUUGUUCAUCAGCUUGUGGUCCAGAGUGAGACCACGUUUCCUCUGUUUGGACCACACAUUCAAAGUGUCUUUGGAGUUUUUAUGACUUAAAAUGACAAAAAAAAAAAAUAGCCGUCGAUUUUUGUUUUACAUGGUUUGAAAAGUAUUCAAGCUCUGUUUCUGUUGCCCAGGUCAGCAAAACAACCUGUUGAUGUCUGCUGUAUUUCAAUAAAACACAGCCUUUUUCAAAGGGUACACCC